AUGGAUAUCGUGGCUAUGAAAGAAAAUAUGGAGAAGAUGCAACUAGCCUUUUGUAAGGCUCAAGGGAUGGAUGAUUGUCUCUACAACAUGAGUGGAUUGAGUUCCAAAACCCUUAUCGCUUUGCCUCCCAAGUUCAAGAUUUUCGAUGCAAAAAUGUUUAACGGGACUGGGGAUCCUAAGCAACAUGUUAUGAGAUAUAUAAGCAUUACCGAAAUGAAAGGGUUGGAUGAGAAGCAAACUAUACAUGCAUUCCAUCUUUCACUCAUGGGAGGUGCAUCGAAAUGGUACUAUAGCUUGGAUCCAAGCAAGACCAAAGAUUGGAAUGAGCUAGUGGAACUAUUUGUGGAUCAAUUCAUAUUCAAUACCAUGAUUGAUGUAAAUUUGAGAGAUUUGGAGACCAUUAAACAUGGAGUCGAGGAGACUUUCUCCGAAUACAUGACGAGGUGGAAAGGGAAAGCAUCCAAAAUGGUUAAUAGACCAAAUGAGAAGGACCAAACCAACAUGAUUAUCAAGAACUUGCUUCCCGCAUACAAUAGUAGGCUUUUGUCAUGGCCUAUUAGUUCUUUGGAGAGUUAUGUGAUUGUGGGACUAGAAUUGAAGCUACCAUCAAUAAUGGACAAUUGGAUAAAGGGGGGAGCAAGCCUCCAAUCAAGAAGACAUAUAGGGGAGGGGCAACAACCUCUAAAGCACCCAAUCCCAUAA